GGGCGUACUGCAAACCACUGAGGUGCGAGUGAAGAGAAAGCGAAGCGCAGCCAUGGAUUCCAGAUUGCUGCAUCCUUCAACCCUCUCUCCCAACCCCUGCUGCUUCCCAAGACCCCGCCUUUCCCCUCGCCCUCGCCUUCUCCUUCCCCGAGCAACCACCGACGGGGACGCCACCGACGCCGGCGACAGGCAGGCCGAGAGCGCGGCGGUUCCUUCCUCCCCCUCUCCGCCCGCGCUCAAUAUCAGGUACCGGUCCCGCUCGCGGGUGCGGCGGCAGGAGGAGCAGCAGAAGAGCGCCCCCCGGAAGCAGCCGCCACCCAAGAAGGAUUGGGAGUCGAUGACGCCGGGCGAGAAGGCGGUGGAGCUCUACGUGGGGGAGAAGGGCCUCCUCUUCUGGCUCAACAAGAUCGCCUACGCCUUGAUCUUCGUCAUCGCUGGCGGGUGGAUCCUCUUCCGCUUCAUCGGUCCUGCGCUCGGCCUCUACCAGCUCGACUCCGCUCCUUUGUCCCCUUCCGCCAUAUUCAAAGCCUCGCCCUAAACCAAGUUAGGAUUUUCUGAGAACGUUCCUUUUGCACGAUAUAUUGUAAUCAUCAUUUCCUUACCAAGUCUCUAUUCAAAAAUGUCAACUUUCUCUCAA